GGUCCCGCCUCCCAGCGCGUGAUCACCACCAACCAAUGAAAAGGCGCACCCUGCGUGACUAGAAGCUAGACACGUGUGCGAGGAAAGGGCGGGGCGGCUCACAUGACUUAACCUUCUCAGUCGGUGAUAGUGCGCCACCGCGGGCCAAGAAGAGGUGCCCGUGUGACUGUGUGUUAGCUGAUCGUGUGGGCUCAAGGCCACCUUUCUGGACCAGAGAACGAGCUCUUACCACAAAUAAAACCCAAAAACCCAGUGCCGUUAUCACAAAUACGGCCCUAAUAUGCUCUUCUAAAGGCCUUGCGAGGGGCGAGCGCACAGUCUGGGUGCACACACACACAGGCCCAUGAUGACUGGCGCCUGUGGAGGGGCACAUUAGCGGGUAUGACGACCAGCGGAGUUCCCAGCCUGACCUGGGACUCUGAGACUUACUGGAAGAAGCGACCUUGAUACCUUCACCAGCCAAAACGAAGUGAAGAUCAAUCCUGGUAGAGGAGAUGAAGGCCGCCUCAGUGAUCCUGCACUCACGCGGUUCUCUUCAGUUCAGCCCUUUUAGAGGAGCCCAUAGUCAUCUAACACACAAAGCCGACUGUUGAUGCUUUUUUUUUUAAACCCUCUCAUGUCUUCCCUUGAACCCUAAACACAGGUCCAAGUGUCAUUCAAGAUGUUGCAGAGCAUGACACCUGCCUCCCACUCCAGAGGAUGGCGGUGAGGGCGUCUCUCACCAGCCAUAGAGAAGUACUUAGUUUUCUGAUUAAUCUCCUGGACUUUGCACAUGCAUCCUGGCACACUGUCUCCCCACCAGGCCUACCUUCUGACUUCAAGAUUCACUACACAUAUGAUAACCUCCUGAUGGCCUUUUGUGACAGCCUCCUCUGGGUACCUCGAACUUCCUGUGCUUUAACACUGAACCCCUAUUCAGUGUUAAAUCGCUCAUUUACUGAAUCAACAAAUACUGCCUACUGUCAGAGUGCCAGCACUGUUCUGUCUGAAUAUGCAGCAGUUAACAAAACAGCAAAAAAUCCCCAUACUCACAGAGCAUGCAAUCUAGUGAUCACACUAUUAAAUGUCUGUGGGCCAGCCAGUCUUCUACCAAACUGGGAGUUCCUGGAGGACAGAGACAGAAUCUAACUCUUCUCUGUAAUCCAUGCCCCUACACUUGUUUAAAGAAAACUUGAAAUUUGAACUGAGUAAGUUAUAGUCUUCCCAUCACCUUGGCUCACACCAUCACCCAUGUCCUGAACCAAGGGGUUGGAGAAGAGGUUACCAGACACUGUAGCUCUCAAAAAAAACCCCAAACCCAUUGUGGUCAAGUGGAUUCUGACUCAUAGCAACCCUAUAGGACAGAGUAGAAUUGCCCAUAGGGUUUCCAAGGAGCUGGUGGACUUGAACAGCUGAACUUGUGGUUAGUGUAGGGUAAUGUUACUCAGCUGUAUGCAUCCCUUCCUAAUGGAAUCAGCUUUGUUCUUCCUGGAAGCAUGCUAGGGAUGAAUUCAGGAUGAGCUCAGGCUAAGAUACAAGGCUGGGAGUGGCAUGACUAGGCCAGUGGCCAAGGCUGAGGAAUGCCUUAGCAACAGGAAGGAAAACAUCUAGGCCUGGACGUGAAGUCCCUGGGAACACUGACUGCCCAAGGACGUGGGAGAAAAACAAUGAGCCUUAGUCCCAGCUGGAAUGGUAUAUAAGCUUGUGUUCCUUGCUAGAUGGUUGUGGAGCACUAAACUGCUCCAGCUGCCACCCUGGGCCACUGUCCUGUAAGUAAGCUUCCCAAAUAAACCAUCCAUAUGUCAUGAUUGCUGGUUCUGGAGUCUUUCUUCGGCCUCUUGGAGAUGUGGCUGACCUUGGGUUCAGGUGCCGCUGGGUUGUUAACCAAGAGUUAGUAACCAAGUCUUAACCACUGUACCACCAGGGCUCCCCAUAGCUCUCAUGCCUCAAAUCAAGUCCCUCCAGUUUUGUAAGUUCUUUGAGGGCUCCUGGAGGGCAGGAGGCAGCUCCAACCUGUCUCUGGGGAUAGUAACUCAAACUACAGGUCUCAGGUGACAGCAGCAGCCUCAGCAUCAAUAAUUGAGAGCAGGUCCAGCCUCCUGCCUCACGGCUCUUCCCCACUCCAAGGACUCCCCCUCCUGUCCUAUGCUCUACUCUUCUCCAAGCAGGAGCCUCCAGCCCAGGUAAGCUGGGCCCUUAAAGUAUGGGUUCCCAAACACACCAACCAUCUCAAGCUCGCCAUCACUCACCUAUUCAUAUCCUUUCAUAUACUCUACUCUUUCAUUUUUAGUGUCCACCGCCACCAGGGUCCUUGCACACAUCAGAUCUGGAGGAGGGGGAGGCUAGUCCCAGGCACAGGAAAGGAGAGGGCACCCAUCCCUCAUAGGGGGACACUGACGAGGAGGGCCAAUUGGGGGAAAGGUGUGUAUGUGUGUACAUGUUUGUUCAGGAAAUCUUGAAAGAGACAACAGGGAAAGGGGGAAUGCAGGGGAUAAUAAUUGCACAAAUGACAAUCAACUGGUGGGUGUGGGUUUCCCUCCCUCCUUUCCACCCCAGGACCCAGGUGGGGACAUGUCCCCUGCCAUUGCAUUGGCAUUCCUGCCACUGGUGGUGACAUUGUUAGUGCGGUACCGGCACCACUUCCGGCUGCUGGUGCACACAGUCUUGCUGAGAAACGUCCGAGACUGCCUGUCAGGGCUACGGAUUGAGGAGCGGGCCUUCAGCUACAUGCUCACCCAUGCCCUGCCUGGGGACCCUGGACACAUCAUCACCACCCUGGACCACUGGAGCAGCUGCUGUGAAUACCUAGGCCACGUGGGGCCUGUCAAAGGUCAGAUCCUGACACGGCUGGUGGAGGAGAAGGCCCCUGUCUGUGUGCUGGAGCUAGGCACCUACUGUGGAUACUCCACGUUACUUAUUGCCCGUGCCCUACCGGCUGGUGGCCGCCUUCUCACUGUGGAGCGGGACCCACGCACGGCAGCAGUGGCUGAAAAACUCAUCCGCCUGGCUGGCUUCGAUGAGCGCACGGUGGAGCUCAUCGUGGGUAGCUCAGAGGAGGUGAUCCCGCGUCUGCGAACGCAGCAUGGCCUGAGCCAGGUAGAGCUGGUGCUCCUGGCACACCGGCCACGGUAUUACCUGCGGGACCUGCAGCUCCUGGAGGCCCAUGCCCUGCUGCCAGCUGGUGCCACUGUGUUGGCUGACCAUGUGCUCUUCCCUGGUGCACCCCGCUUCCUACAGUAUGCCAAGAGCUGUGGCCGCUACCGUUGCCGCCUCCAUCACACUAGCCUCCCAGACUUCCCUGCCAUCAAGGAUGGCAUAGCCCAGCUCACCUGUGCUGGACCUGGCUGAGGUCCAGCCUCAGGGGUACUUACUGCUGUCCCCCCUUCCCUGCCCAUCCAGGACCUUAGACCAUCCUCUCCCCUCCCUGUUUGUGGCCUGACACAUGCUUGGCUUAGGGCCUCAGGGGCCAAGUUCUGUCAGGCUGCUUGGUCCCACUGGCCCCCCUCCUUCCAGAGAGAGCCAUGGACUGAGAAGCAAGAGCUGAGCUCCCAACCCUGCUAUGUCCCCAAUUUACUGGUGACUCUAGGAGAGCCCCUGCCCACCUCUGAGAUUUAAUCCUCUUUCCUGACACUAAAGGAAGUGACUGGGAGAGCUUUGGGGGCUUCCCAGCUCUGACCCUCAGAAAGCCACCCCUCUCCAACCCAUGCCAUUCUGGGUGGGAUCAGAGGAGACAGCAGACACUGGGUUAGAGGCCCUCCAAGAGGGGCUGAGUGCAAGCUGACCAGAGGAAAUGGCAUAGGCGCCUUCCUCAGCCCCAACCCACCUGGCCAAUUAGGUCUUGCCUGAAGUCCCUUCAACGCCCUCUCCCCAAAGCCCAAGAGAAGACAUUAGGCUCCUCUGGGCCUCACGAAGUGAUAGAGAAUAGAAAAAGGGGGAAAAAAAAAAUCAAUCAGUCCUGUGUCUUUAUUAAAGAGAGUUAGAAAUAGACCAGACCUGGCAGCCAAGGGGAGAGGUACUGGCCAGGAAAGUGGGGUGGGCUCAGGCCCUGGGGAUUCGAGGGCAGGCUGAUGGCCUGGGAGAGGCCAAGGAGAUCAGGUCCUACCAGCAGCUGCAGAGGUGUCCGAAAUUAAGGUUUCAGGCACUGGAACUGUCAGCCGGUUCUGCAAGGGGUGCAGUGUGGGGUGGGCUGGCCUGGGAUCUCCUUGUGGACAUUCCUUUCCUGUCUACCUAGAUCAUCCACUGGUCCUGAUCCUGCUCGUUGCCUUCCAUGUCCACCUGAGGAGGAGGCUGGUGUGGGUGGGAAGGGGCCUCAGCCACCCAGCCAGCCCAGGUCCAAGGGCCUCAUCCACUCUGCCCCCAGUUGGAUCCAGGAUUUCUGAAUCCCUUGGUCACCAAUUAGGUCAUAGGAAGGGGCUAAGGAACAGAGGCCCUCCCUCUACACCCCUACUUACCUCAUUGACCUCUCCAUCAUCAGGUGACUCGUUGUAGUCAUUCAUCUCAUCCAUGUCCUGCAUGUCCUCGUCAUCCUCUGAGUCCUCCUCACUAUCUUCGUCAUCUUCAUCAUCCUCCUCCUCCUCAUCAUCAUAGUGCUGGUGGGGCAGAGGAGAGCCUGUGGGCAUUAUAGGCCUGCCCAGACCAGUUCAAGGGUGGCCCACUUACAGCCUCUCUCUGGGGCCAGUGACUGAUCCCCCGACUCCCUAACGCUGUCCACAUCAGGUCUAGCAGGCUGGUACAUGUUCUGCAGGACCUUAGUGUGGGAGACAAGAGACCAGCCCUCCACUGGCCCUAGUGCCCACCCCCUCUAACUCCUCUUUCUGGCCCUCACCCAGAUUGCUCUGGGACCAGAGGCAGGACCUUGGAAAUUAGGGGAGAGCCUUGGCCCACCCUGGGCCCCACACCAUCCCUACCUGCUGGAGCCACUUACCUCUGAGGCCGGCUUCCCAAUAGGCACGAGGUUGUUAUCUUUUUCUGCAAUGCUCUGGAGCUAUGGCCAAAGGGAGAGGGGAGCAUGGCCAGGGCCCUAUCAGGGCAGAUCAGGAGCAUGGGACUGGCCCAUUCUGCCCUCAAGAAGACCCCCAAGUGUGGCAGGGGAGAUACUUCUUCCAUUCUCAGGAAGAUCCAAUUCCCUUCUUUCCAUCUGCCACUUAUUUAUGAACUUGAUCCAACUACUUAAACUCUCUGGGCCUUGGUUUCCUCAUAGGAUUACAGUGAGGGUGAAGUAAGAGGAUAUCGGCCUAGAACAUCUGCGAGGUCUUCAAUAAGUAAUCAAAAUUAUUUCCUGUGCUUUAGGAAAACGAGCCUGGACUAAGUGUUAGAAAUGUGGGGCUCCAAUCUGGCCCAGAGGUCCCACAGUCCCCUAGCAACUCAGGGCAGGGCAUAGCUGAGAACCUAGGCCCCCAGGGCUCCCAGCUCCAGAUUCUUCCUAGCUCAGGACAAAAAGCUACCCCAGGGCAGGUCUCCAGAACAAAGCAACGUCAUGGUCCAGUAGAAGCGAGGGUCCCUGACUGAGGUUCCCACUAUUGUGUCCCUACCAGACUAAAUCCUCACUCACCCAGGCCUGAUGCUGCUGUUCCUGCUGUUGCAGUUCUGUCUCCUCCACACAGGGUCGAUCCAGAUUAAACCAGAGUGUCUCCGUCACACGAGGAAAGAGUGAGGGGAACAAAGUGGACAUGGCUCCUAGACUGAGGGAAAAGAUCAGGUGAAUCCAACUCUCAGAAGUGGGUUUUUUUGUUUGAUAGGGGGUUGGGGUAUAGUUGAAGGUAGCAGGGAAGCAGCCCUUAUGUCUGGGAAUCAGUUAGACCUGGAUUUGAGUCCUGGCUCCACCACUUACUAGCUGUUUGACCUUGGACAAGUCACUUAACCUCUCUGAGCCUCGGUUUCCUCAUCUGUAAAAUGGGGAUAAUAAUAAUCAUACCACCUUUCUAGUUAUUCUGAUAAUAAAACAAUGGAUUUUAAAAGCUCUUUGUAAGCUGUUCAAGGAGGAAAGAGAAUGGGAGACAAGUGUAGAGACAAGAAUUCAAAAUGCAGACUGGAAUUAUAAAAUUAAAAUAGGGGUCUCUACUUCCUCCUUCAUAUACUGAAAACCUUUCUGCCUCUCCAUGAUGGAAACCCUGGUGGUGUAGUGGUUAAGUGCUAUGGCUGCUAACCAAAAGGUUGGCAGUUUGAAUCCACCAGGUACUCCUUGGAAACUCUAUGCGGCAGUUCUGUUCUGCCCUAUAGGGUCACUUUGAGUCAGAAUCGAUGCAACUUUGUUUUUAAAAUGAUGGUCCGUACCACACCCACCUAGUGUCAGAAAUUUUGGACACUAAAUCACCUCUCACAUGGACCACAGCCAAAUGCGGGAGUACCACGUGCAAGCAGGGAUUCAGUUAGACAUUUCAGAAGGCGUGAGUAAAUGAGCUGACACACGGAUAAAUAGACGGGAAAUUGAAUGGAUGAACACGCUAAAAAAAAAAAUCAAGUAAAUUCAGCUCUGACUGAGCAGUGAGGGACCCGGCCAGGAAGGUCUGAGAGAGUCUGAAUUAAAACCUUUCAGCUCACAAACGGGAAAACUGAGGCCCAGAGAGAGGCUGCGAUUGGCUGUAGGCCACACAGUCAGUCCGAUCUCAGAACUCCCGAGGAAAAAGGACCCAGGCCAGGCACUAGGGGAGACAAGCAGGAGAGAAGGAUCUAUAUCUAAUCCUGCUUUUGCUCUGAUUCAUUUGACCGAUCCAAGGGCAGCCGCUGCCCUUCUCGGAACUCAGUUUCCAGUCCGCGCAACGGGUAGGAAACCAUUCACCCUCACCUCCCAGAGGAACUGAGAGGCCAGAGACCACUGCUCUGAAAGCCCAACCCACCGCUCAUUCUUCCAGAGAGUUGUUUGCUUAUUACGAUAAUACGGUGGAGUUGACCAACGAGGAGAGGGCAGGGGCGGGACUCGGACAGGAGUGUGCCCUUAUAGGGUUGCUAAUCGCGAAAGGAGCUGGGUCUGGGAAGGGCCAAUUGACUGGAAGAACUGUCGGGUGACAGGAAGUGACACCAAUGAAUGACGGAUCUUGUAUGGCAGGGUGGGGCUUAGUCUCGAGGAAGCGGCCAAUGAGCUGAAGGCCCAUGAGGAUAAAAGCGAAUGUGGAACUCUUGAGGAGACGGGUCAAGAGAUACGGGUUUCUUUGGGGAAGAGAGGAAGAAACGCGCGAAGAAACAACAGCCAUAGCCUGCUUCUGUACUUACCGCGCCACUAGGCGGCAGCCGGCGGCGACCCGGAAGCACUUCUUCCUGCCUGAGCGGAAGAACCCGCCAAAAUUCCGGGACACACCAAACGCAUGCGUC